AGCGACUGGCUCAUCCCCCAGGAUUACGUUUGACAAAAUAAUAAAAUGUAAUUACAAUUAUAAUAUAAUCAACACAAAUCCACUAUAGAACGAUGUCCAGCAUGUCUGGCUGUUGCGUGGCCAUCUGCCGCAACAGCUCCGGCAAUCACACACCUUCGGAUCCCGGCGUAAGCUUCGUACCGUUUCCAGCGGACGAGGCGCUUCGUGAACAGUGGCUCAUGUCGCUUGGGAUAUCCGAUCCCGAUCGGCGCUUCCGUUGGAAGACCAAAUCCGUGUGUUCGGAUCAUUUUCUACCAUACGAAAUUCACCGGAGUGACGACGGGAUAAUUUUCCCGGUGGACGGAGCGAUUCCGUCAAUUUGCGGUGAUGAUGAACAGGGAAACGAAAAUGAAUCCAAUCUAAUGUUGAAAGAUCACUUUUGCCGCAUCUGCUUCCGGAAGCAUCGAACACUUUUUCCAUUAAGUUCCAAGAUUCACAACAUGGAAAUGAUGGAAAUCAUUCAUCUAGUAAGUGGACUCCGAAUCGAGAACAACCGGCUUCUUCCCAGUAGAAUAUGCUCCCGGUGUAUGACGAAGGUGGAUUUUGCAUUCAACGUUCGACGGGAGUUUCAGCUAAACGCGGAAAAGCUGCGAGCGCUAGAGCAGGAAAAUCGAUUGCUCAAAUACUACGAAGAGUUUGCGAUGGAACCGCCAGAGGAAGAGGCGGAGAGCUAUUCCGAAUCAAUAUUGCGAAACAACAGGGAAGCGUUAGUCGAUCGACAGGUUAUUGAUGCUGAUGGAGCAUUUCAGGAUCUUGGAAUAGUUGUGACGGGAGACGCCGAAGUGGACUGCAUUGUGGAAGAGCAUCUGAUCGAGCAAGAUCCGGGCAAACUCGAAUACGAGGAAAUCUGGAAUGAUGAAGCAACUCUUGAAAGUAAUGCUGAUAAGGAUAUUCCUAUAACUCUCAACGAUUCUGAACCAUUAGCACCGAAAGAGAAGCAAAACUACAUCUUUUCGUGGACUGAACUGGUCAAACCCAAAGAGGAGCAGAAUAAGGAUCCCAAACCGACGGAAGAAGUUCCAACGCUAGACCUGAUUCCCAACAGUUGUUACAUCUGUAAUCACGCUUUCGCCUCGGAACAGGUGCUGGAAGAACACCUGGCCACCCACGCUGGAAUGCUACCUCACAAAUGCGAACAAUGCAGCACCAAAACGAAUCCCAUCAUUUCCAAAGGAAUCAUCUCAUUGAACCAGCAUUUGAAAACUCAUCUCUUCCCAUACCCGUGCCCGAACUGUCCGCUUAAAUUCCCCUCGUUGUACAGUCGACGUUCGCACGUUCGUUGGACUCAUCGGGGCUUUCAUAAGAAUGGAUUCACGUGCGAAACGUGUGGAAAUGUCUUCGACAAGAAGCGUACCUUCCUCGCCCACGUGCUCAAGCACCGAACCGCCGAGGAGCAACGCUUCAAGUGUGACCAUUGCGGUAAAAUCUUCACUACCAAAGCUUCUUUGCGUCGUCAUGUUCGGACACACACCGGAGAGUGUCCCUUCGAGUGUCAGUACUGCGGCAAACGCUUUAACCACGAGUACAACUUCCGACAGCAUAAGCUACUACACGUGGCCGGCAACAAGAUCCACCAAUGCGAGCACUGUCCGAAGGGUUUUGUAAACGCAACUUCCCUUAGAUACCACAUGGCCGAGCACUUUCCCGACGAUCCUAGUUUCAGAGUACACAAUCCCAAAGCCACCAAGGAUCAAAUCGAUUAUGCAUGUCUAGAGGAAGAUUGCGCAUUCGUCGGUGGCAAUUACGGCCAACUAGCGUACCAUAGAAACACUCGUCAUCUCGGCAAAUUCCGCUGUGAAUCGUGUUCCCGGCAAUUUUCCAGCAAUUCAGCACUCCAGGAGCACGAGGAAGUUGUACAUCGGGGAGCGCCUUCGUUCAAUCGCUACCCGUGCACCUUCUGCGACAAAACCUUCGCCAUCAAAACUCGCUUGGAUCAGCACGAAGACAUCCAUCGGGGACAGAAGAACCACUUUUGUCGAUUUUGCGGAAAGGGCUUCAUCCAGAAAGUGAAUUGCGUCGUACACGAGAGGAUUCACACCAAGGAACAGCCGUAUCGGUGUGGAUUUUGCGAAAUGACUUUUUUCGAUUCUCGUGGCAGGAAGAAACACGAAAAGGACCGGCACUCGCAGGAAAUUGUGGUGAAAACGAAGGAGCCCGUUUUUCGGGAAUAACAAUACAAAUAGCCUUGGAAUCUAAUCUAGAGCU